AUGCUUCUGCCCGGAGCUCGAGCCGACACACACACUCAGCCCGACCCCUCUUUGUUCCCGGCUCGAGUUUCUCAGCUUGGCUCGCCGGCUCGCCGAUCUGCACGCCUCCUCCGGCCAGCUCUGUCAAAGCAAAGAGCUGCGCCCCUUGGGUUCGCCCAGCCGAGGGGAGGGGACGCCCCGAGCUUGGCCGCGUGCGAGGCUCCGGGCGCGUCCUGGUUCCUCGGCCCGAGAGCGCGCAGCCCGGGUCCCUCCUCCGCGCCCUGCCCCGCAGAUCCUGUAGGAGGAGUAUUGGUUUUGGGGUGUGUGAGUGUGUGUGUGCGCGCGCGCCUGGAGGGAAGGAUCAGGCAACUUGGCGAGAGAAGGAAUGACCAGGCGCUGCUUAUAACCCACCGAGAGUAACGCUUUGCCCGCGUGAAAUUGACAAGAAACAUUGCCGCAAUGGCUUGACUUCAUCAUCUAAGUAUCUAUUUUCUUGGCCCCCACCCACCCACCCACCCACUCCUUUUCCUCUGCCAGUCUCUCCCCUACCUCCUUGACGCCUCCCACUCUCCCUCCCUCGCUCUGGCCGGGGGAGGAAGAUGAAAGAGAAAGCCGCCGCCGCUGUGAUCGACACCACAUUGAUAGAUGCUCUGACAGUGGGGAGAGGCGGGAAUUUGGGACUGAGAAAAGAAGGAAAAGGGGAAAAUAUAACAGACAUUGCUCAACUAUUAAGAGAGAACAGAAGGACAAGGAAAAGAGAGUUGUGGCUUUUCCGAAUAUAAUACCACACACACGCUCUUUGGAGACAAGGGAACACGCUAGUGAAAAUAAAAUCUCCAGGCUUACCGAGAAAAAAAUAUGACAAGGAAGAAGGAACUGAAGAUUAGAUUUUAAUUAUUGCUUUUUAAACAAUAUCUCUUUCAUUCUGUCCUCACCACGGGAUGUACGGAGAGUUGUGCUAGGUCUCUCGUGGGUUUUCAGAGACAUACACCGCAGUGUGUGGGAACUUCAUCGAGAAUGAAAAGAUAAUCCAAGA